UCGCCAAAACCAGAUUUUCUUCGACAGUUGACUGACGAUAAUAUCGGAUAUCGAUCACUGUCAGGCGGUCCGUGAAGCAUCCGACCGUGUUUUUCUACGCACCGUGCACAAUCUCGCGUACCUCGCGUACCCGCCUGCUAUUAAUGAGUCAAUUCGCGCGACAGCACGCGAUCAGUUCGCGCCGCUCCGUCCAAAGGCACUAGGUGGAAGAUUUAAAUUGCAUUAUGUAAGCCCCGAAAAAGCGCGAUUGGCAAGAUACGCUCUCGCGCUGGUGAAGCCAGUGGAUUAGAUAGCAGUGCAGCACAGCCGGAAAAGUCGUGGAAAUGUGGAACAAACUACUUAAAACCGUCCCUGGGCCACGGGCCACGGGAAAUCAUACGUGCGGAACCGUGGUUCGGCUGGGCAGCAGCGAAGCGACCCCUCAGGUCAGCCGCCAGGCACGUGUCGUGGUGGCAGGGGCAGGCCUGUUGGGCAACUCGGUUGCCUACCACCUGGCGGACAACGGGUGGAGCAAUGUGCUCGUGCUGGACCAGAGCAAGGUGGGCAGCGGGACGUCCCACUUCGGGUCCGGCACGAUCGGGCUGUUCAAGCCGACGCCCGAGCGCAACAUUGUGGUGGAAAGCCUGAAGCUGUACCAGCGGCUGCAGGACCAGGGCCACGACAUUGGCCUGCGACGGUGCGGCAGUCUUAAUUUAGCGCAAACGCACGAUCGCGUCAUCGCGCUGCAGCGCCGGGCGGCUUACAUUCUGCCGACCGGCAUGGCGGCCGAGCUGAUCGACUCGGAGACGGCCCGGAAGCUGCACCCGUUCCUCUACACGGACGAUCUGCAGGGUGCGGUGUACGUGCCGGACGACUGCAUUGCCGAUCCGGCCGCCGUCGUGCAGGUGCUGGCGAGCGAGGCGAAGCGCAAAGGCGUUAAAUACUUCGAGGGCUGUCAGGUGAAGUAUAUCAACACAAAAAAUGAGCGCGUCUUCUCGGUCGAAACGGACGUCGGCACGAUCACGUGCGAGUACUUUGUCAAUUGUAGCGGCAUGUGGGCGCGCGAGCUCGGCCUCAAGUGCAAACCACCGGUCCGGGUGCCGGCCUACCCCGCCCAGCACUAUUACGCGCUCACGCCCACCCUCGACCUGCCGACCGACGACGACAAUCUGCUGCCCUGCAUCCGCGACUACGAUUCCAACCUGUACGCGCGCCAGUACGACCAGUCGCUGCUGGUCGGCUGGUUCGAGAAGGACGCCAAGCCGGCGUUCGAGGAGACGAAGGACAUCCCGAAGGCCUGGCAGGACCAUCUGCAGGACGAUCCGGACCACUGUGCGGCGCUGUGGGAGAAGGCGGUCGAUCGGUUGCCGGUGCUGCGCGAUCUCCGCAUGCCGACGGUGCGCAACAGCCCGGACAACUUUACGCCCGACGGGCGGUUCAUCUUUGGCGAGUCGGCCGAGGUGAAGAACUACUUCGUGGCGUGCGGCAUGAACGGCAACCCGCUGCAGGGCUCGGGCGGCGUGGGCAAGGCGCUGGCAGAGUGGAUCGUUAGCGGCACACCGACGAUCGAUAUGCUGCCGUUCAAUGUGCAGCGCUUUCUCGACCUGCACAACAACCGGCAGUACCUGCAGCAGCGCAUCCGGGAGGUGGUGGGCCGCCAGUACGCGAUCCUCUACCCGAACCAGGCCGAGUACAAGUUUGCGCGCAAGUUGCGCUGCUCGCCGCUGUACAGCGUGCUGGAGGCACGGGGCGCUGUGUUCGGCACGAAAAUGGGCUACGAGCGGGCGCUCUACUUCGAUGCGGACUAUCGGCGUGGUGAUCCACUGCCCACCCUCCCAGAGGGUAGCUUCUACAAGCCCAAGUUCUUCCAGCACAUGGAGAAGGAGUAUCAGGCCUGUGCGCAGCACGUCGGCAUAAUCGACAUCUCGUCCUUCUCGAAAAUCGAAAUCAAGCCCGGCAUCCAGUCGGACGCGGCGGGAUCGGGCGGCAACGCCGUGCUCAGCUACCUGCAGUACAUGUGUGCCAACGACGUGAACAUCGCGGUCGGCCACAUCGUGCACACCGGGAUGCUGAACGAGCGCGGCGGCUACGAGAACGACUGCAUGCUAAUCCGCCAGACCGAGGAGAGCUACUUCAUGAUAUCGCCUUCCUCCCAGCAGACGCGCAUCUACGAGUGGAUGUCGCGCAACCUGCCGACCGACGCGUCCGUCCAGCUGAACGACGUCACCUCGAUGUACACCGUGAUCAACGUGGUCGGACCGAAGUCGACCCUGCUGAUGAGCGAACUGUCCAACUCGGACGUCCGGCUGGCACCGUUCAGCUACCGGAAGCUGAACAUUGGCUACGCGAGCGACGUCAUGAUCAUGUCCUUCACGCACACCGGCAUGCCCGGCUACUGUCUGUACGUGCCGUCCGAGUACGCGCUGCACGUGUACGAUCGGCUGAUUACGCGCGGGCGCGAUUAUGGGGCGCGCGACGUCGGCACGCUUACGCAACGGUUGCUGCGCAUCGACAAGUUUAUACCGUUCUGGGGCGACGAGCUGACCAGCAUGACGACCCCGUUCGAGGCGGGCGUGUUUUACUCGGUACGGUUGGAUAUUUCCCAAUUGAAGAAAAAGGAAAACUUUAUCGGCCGGCAAGCGCUGGAGCGCCAGAAGCGGGACGGUUUGCGGAAGCGGCUGGUGCUGUUCCACGUGGAGGACAUCGACAUCGACAAGGACGUGUGGCCGUGGGGUGGUGAGCCGCUGUACAGGAACAACGAAUUUUGCGGCACCGUUACCUCGGCCGGCUAUGGAUUUGCGUCAGAAAAGCUCGUCUGCUUGGGCUACAUUAGUCGCCCGGACAGUAACGCGGUGCGCACGAUCACGACUGAGUUCAUCAUGGACAAGGAUGCGGUGUACCACAUCGACAUUGCCGGCAAGCGGUUCCGGCUGACGCAACACAUCCACCCGAAGGCGGCAAUGGCCAGCGCGAACGAGCGGCAGGAUAUGAGCAAAUCCUAUCGCCCGACCGUUGUGAAGGAGAAGAAGCAACAGAAAAGUUAAUUUUUUUUUCGUUGGAAAUGCAAACGGCCUGGCCGAACAUCUUAUUGUAUACUAAGGGUGAUUUGAGUGAAUGUACAAAAACAGCCCCUCGCAACUAGUUCGUAGUAAAUAUUGUUAAGCAGUGCACAAUAAAAAGGAGAUAAUUUGUUUUACAAAUAAAGCAAAUUACGAAACGAA